AUUACACCCUUCUGAUGGUGAACUCGUUCACCUUCACAGUGUUGACCGUGGAAAUUAUAGCACUGAUGGCCUUUAUUUUGCUGCUAGCAGUUUUAGUAUGUGAACUUGAAGUACCCGACGUCACCUGCAAACUAUUACCAAACUAGUAACACUACCGUACGUCGCUGUAUAAAUACAUUAGUAUGUAAGAAAUUAUUUCUUGUAGUUGUAGCCGAAAGAAGCUACCUUUACAACCUUCGACAUGUCGCCAAAGUAAGUUGACAAGUGGAUAAUACAUGUAUGGUAAUUUAACAAUUGGCUAUGAAAUUGUAUCCAUACAACAGAAUAAUAGUCCAAUUUAGAGAAUCGUCCCCAUGAGAUUCAGUCCCCUAACUGCCUAACUACAAUAUCUCAAUAAACAGGUUAAUUGCACUUUCCAAGGUAGCCCCUGCAAGUAAAUUGAUUAUAAGCUAUCGAAUUUUGUUAUGAAAAGAAAGAUGGUAAUUAAGUUAUAUUAAGACAUUGAAGUGAAUAAUAUUAUUUUGACGUAUUAUCUGUGAUAAAAGAAUUAUUCAUCGUAUUGUGAUCAAGACCGUCCCGAGAACAUGUGACCCGAUUGCCAUUUCCGGGUGAAGUUCAUCGAUGACGUACAGAACUCGUGAUUCACGGAGAGUACGCCAUUUUCCAUUUGGGGAGGUGAGGACGAGCUCCCGUAUUUUAUAAAAAGGCAUUUGUGAAAGAUCAUGGCUUCUCGUAAGAAGGUUCUUCUGAAAGUCAUCAUUUUGGGUGAUUCUGGUGUGGGGAAGACUUCAUUAAUGAACCAGUAUGUCAAUAAGAAGUUUUCAAAUCAAUAUAAAGCAACCAUCGGAGCAGAUUUCUUGACCAAAGAAGUCCUUGUUGAUGAUAGGAUAGUUACCAUGCAGAUCUGGGAUACUGCUGGUCAAGAAAGGUUUCAGUCUUUGGGAGUAGCCUUUUACAGAGGUGCUGAUUGCUGCGUCCUUGUAUUUGAUGUUUCUGCUCCUACAACUUUCAAAUCCUUGGAUAGUUGGCGGGAUGAAUUUUUGAUCCAGGCAUCGCCUAGGGAUCCAGAAAACUUUCCGUUUGUUGUUUUAGGAAAUAAAGUUGACUUGGAAAAUAGGGCAGUGUCUGCUAAGCGAGCCAGCCAGUGGUGCCAGAGCAAGAACAAUAUACCUUAUUUUGAAACUUCUGCAAAGGAAGCAAUCAACGUGGAACAGGCAUUCCAGACUAUAGCAAAAAAUGCAUUGGCUCAGGAAAGUGAAGUGGAAUUGUACAAUGAGUUCCCAGAUCAAAUUAAGUUAACUGGAGAGCAGAAAGGUGCAAGACCUGACGCCUGUUCAUGUUAAUUAGGUGGGGCAUGAAGAUGCAUCAGGCUCUUCUCUGCAACCCAAUGUAUGCUGUGUGGUUGAGAUCACACCUGUGAAGAAACUGUACCAAAGGUUUUAACAUGGGGAUAUAUAUCUUAGCCAUCAAGUGAAUAAGAAGGAUGGGUAUAAAGUUGAAAAAUGAAGAAAAAAGAUCAGAGGCUGUUACUCGUAUGAAGAAACAUUGUGUUGCUCUGUAUUUUGAUGUAAUUCUUUUCUUCACAAUUUUUUAUGAGAAGUUGUUUGACAUGUGUGAUUGAGAAAAAUUGGGAUGUGUUUCUUUUUGUAUGUUUGUGAUCUUUGCUUUAUUGAUACUACAUAAAUGAGCAUGUUACAUCUUUUAUGGUCUUUUGCUUAUUGCAAAUUAUUAGGCCAGAUAUUGUAUAUGUGGAAACUAUACUUCAAUUAUUUUACUCUGAAGUGUUGAAGAUUAUGUUAUCAUAGUGAGAAUUAUUUUGUACCGGCAAUGUAAUGUUCAUUUAAUUGUAGAAAACGUACGUAGAUUGCAAUAAUGGAAGUCGAGUAGGAUCUGUGGCAUUUCUUAUUUUUUGUGCUUGUUUUAAGGCACCUGUUAACUUCUUUCAGAUUUAUGUAAAAAAAAAUAGAAUUGCUGGGCAAAUUAUCUUAUUUCUAAAAGAAAUAUAAUAAUUUUUUACGAUUAAAAUUGUGUACAGAAAUAUGAAUUAAUGAUACCAGAUACCUAUUCUUUUAAAAAAUUACAUUCGUACUUUUGAUGUUUAUUUGAAAUAUGCUAGCAAAUUAAUAGUAUUAUUAGGACUUUUCUGAGAGAAUCAUUUUGCAAACUGUACUGCACUAGGAAGUGAUAGUUCAUUAUUGUUGACCGAUGAUGAACAAAGAUGAUGCUUGUGUGAAUUUUCAGUCAUGCUCUGCCUUGUAGAUGUCACAAAUUAUUUCCCACUAGGGCAGUAUUGUUCAGUGAAUAUUAAUAUUAAUUAAAUAAUAAAUUAAUCUAAUUCGGACAUAUAUUCAAAUAAUAAAUGUGGGUUGACGUAGAAGUACAUUAUUAAAGAUCUCUUUCUUAGUUUAUUUUGUGUUUCUGGCCUGUUGGUGGUAUUACUACAGCUACCACCCCCCCCCUCACCACCACCACCACCACCACCACCACCUGUCAUAACUAGCAUCACCAAUACAAGAGCUUCUUUACUACCAUUGCUUUACACCUCCUAUUAUUAUUAUUGUUAUUAUUAUUAUUACCAUCACCACUAUGACCAUGACCACCACAACUACCGCUACUACUACUGCCAUAACCAGUACUGCUAUCGCCAUCACCUCCACAACUACUGUAGCAGUCCUCUCAGUUUUUUAAUACUACCCUCACAUAAUCUUGAAUGUAAUAAUUCUUCAUAAACUGAUUGGAAAAUUGAGGAAAACUUAACACAGCAGAAAACUAGAACAUUUGGAAAGAAAGAAUACAAACGAACAGGUCCUGGACCACCAUGAGCAGAGCAUUCCAUUUUUAGUUUUUAUCUAAGACAGCUCUGAUUGUCCCUACUUCAUUAAUUCGUAAAGGUCAUGGGUUUAAAAUUGUUGUAUAUAAAUACAAUAACAGUGCAACGUCAUGCUGUGUUACUAGGGUAGGUUCCAGUAUCAAGAUAGACAUAGUACCAAUAACUAAAUUUCAGGUAAGAGAUUGCUGGGUUUGAAACAAGCUCUUGUGUGAAAAUAUAUUGUACGUUUUUAAUAGAACUUAAUACCUUUGAAACACUCAUUGUGUGAGACUGAUGUUAAAUGUUAAAAAUAACAUAGUUAUAAAAGUAUUUUGUUUGGUAGCUAGUAUUUCUUUAAAAAUGCUUGCUUUUUUCCUGAACCAACAAACGAAUAUUUUUGGACCUUUAAACGUACUAUUUGAUUAUUUUUAAACUUCUUCAAAUGCUGAGAGACUUGCGACAGGUACAACCACAACUGUCACCACCGCCACCACUUCUACCACUAAAACUAUCACCACCACUAUUACAUCCAUAAACUACUAGUGUAUUUUUGUUUUAUAAGACUUUUUUAAUGCUUUUCUAUUCAAAAACUUAAAAUUGAAAUUUGAUAAACUAAAAUAAUAAUUUUAAUUAAUUUUCGUAAACAUUAAAUGCACUUGCAGUAAAUGAUGAAUUAGUGUAAUUUGAGCUAUAUUCCUUAUGUCAUGUUACAGAGCUGUCUGUAGUUUAAAAACAGUACUGCUGUUUUGUAAAACUUCCUUUCUUUCAUAAAAUAGUAAUAAAAAACCCUCCCUCUACAAAUACUUCGGUUAUGUUUUAUUUCUGCAUUAUGUAUGGUUUGUGAAUAUAUGUAUAUACGUAUUGGUAAAUCUGUAUUUUGUGUAUACAUAUUUAAUUACACCAGUACACAGAUUGAUUUGAACAGUCUGUGUUUGAUUUAAAAAAAGUCUUUAUACCUGUUAAUAUCAUAACUGUAACAUAUUGUGUGUGUAUCAUUCUGAAUGGCAGUUGUAUAUAGUUUAUUUUUGGGAGUUGAUGCUAGGAAUAGGUGUAUUGCAUGCUUGUAAUUAUCAUUUGAAGGCAUAUGUACAAAAUUUAAAUGACAAAUUUUGAAAUGUGUAUUGUGUAAUUUAGAAUUAUAUAUUGUUUUAAUUUCCAUGAACACCAUUUACUGUGAGUGCAAUUUUUUAAUGUAUUGCAUACAGUGAUACAGCUUCUUUCAGUUACUGUUUGUUAAUCAGUUGCUUUUUUAUUCUUUUUGUUGCAAACCUUGAAAAGUUUUCCUUGUAUUGUGAAAAGAAUGAAGGUUUUGCCUAAAUUGAAAUAAAUGUGGCUAUGUGUAAAAUAGCUACAAAGGAAUGAUAUUAUAAUUACAAAUAAUGUUAAGUGUGUCUGGUAAAUAAUGAAAUAAAUGAAAUACUUUUGUUGUUUGAUUUCCAAAAGUGAGAGUUGCCAUUGGUCUGAUAAUUUCUGAUGGAUAAAUCCCCUCUUAACUUAGGCACAUUUUAACUGGCUCAUUAUGGAUGAUACAAACACUUUUGUGAUUUGUUUUUGUGACUUUUUUUACUGUUGUAAUCUUAAAGUGUAAGACUUGAAAUUUUGUUCAAAUCAGAUAUUCAGACAUGAUGGGAAGUCUUACUCUGCAACAAGUGUUGUCCUUUUGCCCUGCAAGUUAUGUAACUUCUAACAGUAUGUAUAUGUAUGGGGGAGGGGGAGUCCCUGAUAAAUUAGGAAAUAAGUCGUAUUCCUCAUUACAGGUAAAAUAUUUUUUGGAAAUUAUUGGAUUUUUUUUUGUCCUGCGGCAACUGUCCUGAUCACACUAGUGGUGAAAUAAUUUUCUCUCCAUGUGUGUUGAAAUAACGUGUUUUGUGUGCAUUUACAAAUACUGUGUGGCAGAAACGCAUCUUUGAUAGUGAAGAUGAAAAAGCUGUUCAUAUCCUUAAUGUGCCCAUGCGAUUCAUAGGUAUUGAGACUUGGAAUGUCUUAUGGUUGGUUUGCAUGGAAAAAUGUUUCAUUGCGUAGAAUUGCAGUUUUUCUAUGUAUUGUUC